GUGUGUGGGGCGGCGGGGGGGAGGGGUAGAGAGGGGGGUCAAUCUCCGAUGGUCUCUCCAACGAUCAGCUGAAGCCUCAUGCAAUCCUCGCCUCUCCCGGGUUACCUUGCAACAGAGUUGCAGUCUGGGAUCCGGCGGCUGUGACAAUGUUGCUGAAUUGGUAGCCAGGAGCCUGCAGCCCGGAGCUGUACGAAGUCUAAACUUUAAAAAAUCGCUUUCCAGAAGAGGAAGAGAAAAUUGCACUAUUUAGAAGCAUACAUAUGUUAUAUGCAUAAAUACACACAUAUAUAUACAUAUAUAUAUAUAAAGAGAAAAAAAAUAUAUACACAUCCUUCCCUCCCCCAUGAGUGGAUUUUUCUGGUUAUUUGAAUAGAGAUCCUAGAGGAAAUCUUAGGACUUCUUGCUUUUCAUAAUUAAAAGAGAGAGAGAAAGAAGAAGAAAGCAACCAGAAACCAUUUCAUCCGCCGCUUGCUUGCUGCCUCCUUUUGCAAGAUGAAGAAGUUUUUUGACUCCCGCCGAGAGCAAGGAGGCUCUGGCCCGGGGUCUGGCUCCAGCGGAGGAGGGGGGAGCAGCUCCGGCCCAGGGAGUGGAUACAUCGGACGGGUCUUCGGCAUCGGAAGACAUCAGGUCACAGUGGAUGAGGUAUUGGCUGAAGGGGGAUUUGCCAUUGUCUUCCUGGUGAGAACAAGCAAUGGGAUGAAGUGUGCCCUCAAACGCAUGUUUGUCAACAAUGAACAUGACCUCCAAGUAUGCAAGAGAGAAAUCCAGAUCAUGAGGGACCUGUCGGGACACAAGAACAUUGUUGGCUACAUUGAUUCUAGUAUCAACAAUGUGAGUAGUGGCGAUGUGUGGGAAGUUCUAAUUCUCAUGGAUUUUUGCCGAGGAGGUCAAGUGGUGAACUUGAUGAACCAGCGUUUACAGACGGGCUUCACAGAGAAUGAAGUGCUACAGAUAUUCUGUGACACCUGUGAGGCUGUUGCCCGCCUGCAUCAGUGCAAAACACCCAUUAUCCACCGGGAUCUGAAGGUGGAAAACAUCCUGCUGCAUGACCGAGGUCAUUAUGUCCUGUGUGAUUUUGGCAGUGCCACCAACAGAUUCCAGAACCCACAAGCUGAGGGAGUCAAUGCAGUAGAGGAUGAGAUUAAGAAGUAUACAACGCUUUCCUACCGAGCUCCAGAAAUGGUCAACCUGUACAGUGGCAAAAUUAUCACUACAAAGGCCGACAUUUGGGCCCUUGGUUGUUUGUUGUAUAAAUUAUGCUACUUCACAUUACCAUUUGGGGAGAGUCAGGUAGCCAUUUGCGAUGGAAACUUCACGAUUCCUGAUAACUCACGGUAUUCCCAAGACAUGCAUUGCCUCAUACGGUAUAUGUUGGAGCCAGACCCUGACAAGAGGCCAGAUAUUUAUCAGAUCUCAUACUUCUCAUUUAAGCUCGCCAAGAGAGAGUGCCCCAUUCAGAAUGUUCAGAACUCUCCCAUCCCUGCUAAGCUUCCAGAACCAGUGAAAGCCAGUGAGGCAGCUGCGAAAAAAACCCAGCCAAAGGCCAGGCUGACGGAUCCUAUUCCUACAACAGAGACGUCAAUUGCACCUCGCCAAAGGCCAAAAGCUGGACAGACCCAACCGAACCCAGGAAUUCUCCCUAUCCAGCCAGCCUUGACACCUCGAAAGAGACCCACUGUUCAAGCCCCAGCUCAACCUACAGUUGUAGGACCAAGUGUUCCAGCUGGCCUCCCUGCCAAUGCCCCUCAACCAAAGCCCCAGCCUCCAAUUAGUCAGCCAAUCCCACAGGCUCCAGCCAAGCAGCCACAGGCUCCACCCACUCCACAGCAGACACCUUCCACUCAGGCCCAGGUUUUACCUGCUCAAGCCCAGGCCACACCCCAGCACCAGCAGCAUCUAUUCCUCAAGCAGCAGCAGCAACAGCAGCAGCAACAACAACAGCAGCAGCAGCAACAAGCCACCUUUUACCAGCAGCAACAGCCACAGUCACAGCAACAGCAGCAGCAGCAGCAGCAGCUGGCACCAGCUCAGCAGCAGAAGCAAGCACCAAUAAGACAACAAGCAAAGGCUCAGACUACUCCACCCCCUGCCAUCCAGGGGCAGAAGCUUGGAUCUCUCACUCCUCCAUCAUCCCCCAAAGCCCAGCGGGCUGGACACAGGAGAAUCCUCAGUGAUGUAACCCACAGUGCGGUUUUUGGAGUUCCUGCCAGCCAGUCUACUCAGUUGCUUCAGGCAGCUGCAGCUGAAGCAAGCCUCAAUAAAUCCAAGUCUGCAUCCACUACUCCAUCGGGUUCUCCCCGGACCUCUCAGCAAAACGUUUACAACCCUUCUGAAGGCUCUACUUGGAAUCCCUUUGAUGAUGACAAUUUCUCCAAACUCACAGCUGAGGAAUUGUUGAACAAGGACUUUGCAAAACUUGGUGAUGGCAAACCUCCUGAGAAACUUGGUGGUUCAGCAGAGAGUUUGAUCCCAGGCUUUCAACCAGGUACAGCCACUACUCAAGCAGAUGCUUUUGGCUCCUCCUCCUUUUCUUCUGGAACUGGAACCGCUGAAAAAACGAAAGAUGUGCUUGGUCUGGAUGCUAACCCUCCUCUUCUGAAUGUGUCUGAUCCUUUCAUCCCUCUCCCAGUACCUGAUGCACCAGAAAAGCUUAUCGAGGGGCUCAAAUCUCCCAGUACUUCACUUCUCCUUCCUGAUCUCUUACCUCUGGCAGAUCCCUUUGGUAGCACUUCAGAUGCUGUGAAUGGAAAAGUUGAUGUUGCUGUUGAAAGUCUCAUACCAGGACUGGAGCCCCCAAUGCCCCAGCGCCUCCCAUCUCAGACUGACUCUGUCACUUCCAACAGAACAGAUUCUCUCCCUGGGGAAGAUUCCCUUCUUGAUUCCUCUCUGCUUUCUAAUCCAGCUACUGACCUUCUAGAUGAGUUCACUCCCAUGGCAAUUUCUGCUCCAGCUCAUAAAGAAGAUAGUAAUCUCAUCUCAGGUUUUGAUGCUCCUGAGGGCCCCGAAAAGGUGGCAGAAGAUGAGUUUGACCCCAUUCCCGUGUUGAUAUCCAAAAACUCACAAGGUCUCCAGAGAGAGCCAAACUCGGGCCCUUCAUUAAGUGUCCAGCACUUUGAAGAGCCUCCUUACCAAGGUCUUCCACUGGAACCAGAGUCUGACAGAGGACCAGGGGCCAAGUCUCAGAAUAAUUUAGAGUCUGACUACUUGGCAAGAGGUAGGCCUUCCAGCAACAGCUCCUUUCACAGCAGUGAAGAAGAAGGGACCGAUCUUGAGGGAGACAUGCUGGACUGCAGUGGCUCUCGGCCUCUCCUUUUGGACUCUGAAGAAGAGGAUGAAUCCUGUAAGACUCCACAGGCAGGGUUGGUAGAAAAAAUGAAUCUCACUCAACCAGAAGUCUGCAAAGAAGAGACUACACUGGCCCAUGGUGGGAAAGAGAAUCAGUUCCAAGGCUUUGCGCAAGUGACGGAAGAGGCUUCUGGCGAGCCUGAUGUUUUUGCCACUGCCCCUUUCAGGAGCGCGAGGCCCCACUACGAUGGCAUGGAUAUUUUCACCAAAGCCCCAUUUGUCACCAAAGGCCACAUGGCUCCUCAGGUGCCUGAGGACGCAGAUGUAUUUCUGAGAGCUCCUUUCACCAAGAAGAAGAGCACGGAAGAGCUUAUGGCUGCUCAGGGGGCCACUAUGGACUUACCCACACAAUCUACUCUCCACAGUCAGAUGGGAGAUGGCGUACCAGUAAUUAACCCUCUGCUCUCACACCUUGAUAGGGGGAUACACCCCACAGCACUCUCUCCCUUAGCUCAGUACCCCAUGGUGGGAUUUCUCCACCAAUCUAAUCUCCCUUCCAAUUCUAUCCAGUCAGCAGAAAGCCUAGACAACCUCACUUCCAAGGGGACAUUGGAUUCUGGAGGUCACCCUAUUGACAGAAACAAAGGUCACCCAUCCCAGAAGGAAGCUGUCUCUAGCUCUGGGGCCAGCAAAUCAUUCCGUCCCCAGUCGCUGUCCAAAUAUUCCCGUCACUAUAGCCCUGAGAAUGAGCCAACUCUGGAAGCCCAACCCAUUGCUGCCUACAAAGUUGUUUCCCAAAGCAACAAGCAGUCAAUCUCUGGAUCCGUUUCUAUCACAUCCUUUUCCUCCAGGACUACUGAACUUCCCAGUGUUGAUCCUUUUGCUUUGGCACCCUUUCCUUCCAAAUCAAGCAAACAGAAACCUUAAAUACGUCUCUGAAUCCUUAAACCCCACCCAAACACACAUGCUCCUCCCAGCCAUUCCUUUCACACUAUCCUCAGCUGCUCUCUUCUGAACCUUCUGACCUCUCCUCUCCCACCCUCAUCAGAGCAGUAUUUCUUCUUCUAGUACCCAAUCCCAACUGCAGGAAUGGGGUUGGAGGGGAGGGAAGAGAGGUAUCAAAUUCAAACAUUUUUAAGUUAUGCCCAAGAUUUCUUUAUCUUAUAUCGACUGCUGGGCUUCUUGGAGCCACCUUUAUGUGGCCUUCCACAUGAAUUCUAUGUUAUUUCUAAGAAGAUUUUUAUUUCACUCUUCUUACUCCCAAUCUUGAAGAGGCCAGAUUAUGUAAGACCUAAUUCCUGUUCAGUGUCAGGUUAAGUGAGGAUUCUGGAUAAGUCCCUCAGGACUAAUUUAAUCUCUUGAAGGGUGUUUUGUGUUUUUUUUAAGAAUAAGUUUCUGGGGGGAAAACAACACCAGAUAGCUCUUUUCUUCCAAGAGAAAAUCUCAUCUUGCAGUUACUGAUUAUAUUCAUAAAACCAGCAAACUCCAGAUGGAACACUUCAGCUCAAUUAUAAAUUACUGUGUGCAUGCUGAGCUGUGUGCACACUGUAAUUGAGUAUGGGUGUGUGGAUGCGGGAUGUGCCUCCUAACCAUAUAGAUACAGAAAUGCAUGCUUGUGUGAUGUCUCUAUGCAUACUUGUAGCAAUAUCAAUGCAGUCUCCAUAUCAUGUUUUACAAACUGAUUUGAAUACUCAGAUCUGUAUUUUCUGAGACAACACUGCAUCUGAACCAUGUGGUCUUCUUGCAAUAUAGGAAACAUCUUCCAUCAGGUUAAUGCUCUCUUCACACUCCCCAGAUAGCCUUUCAUUAGCAUUUCCCUAUGGACCUAAUUCCACUUUGAAACACAGCUCUCUCUUUUUGACAAUAGGAUUGAACCCAGGGGAAGGGAGAGAUGGUAAAGCCUUGGUGGAAAGGAUUCAUCAGGAUAAAUUUCUUUCCCUAUUAUUAUUUUCCACUGAUAAAAACUAUUCAUCUAGUCAUGCAAUAUUCAUUCUAUUUCUGCAUUUUCCACCAUGGCACUCUAGGAAAGGUUAUUUUGUUAAAAUCCUGGUCAGAUAUGAAAUCUUAAAAGUAGAAAGAUUAAAAACAUUAGGUUUGAAUAUAAUAUAGGAUCAAUAGGACAGUCACGUUACUGAACUGAAAAAAGAGUUUAGCUUCCAGGCUAUUGGCCCAACUUCUAUGCUAUCUGGUUAAAGAAAGGAUGGAUCAGAAACAUCCAGAUACAUUUGUUAGGGUAAAGAAAGAACCCCAAAAUUUUCCAGUUCUUAUUUCUUUUCAUAACGCAUUGAUUAGAGAAAGAAGCCAAUAAGUGACUAAUGUCUUCUGAAAAUGGCAAAAUAUAGUAUCUUUAGAAAGAUCUCCCACAUCCCUACUUUGUUUUGGAUCCUUCAUUAUUAGUGCCUUAUAAUAAUAAUGAGGUCUUAGGAAGAAGAUCUCAGCUGAUGAGUUCAGCUACUGUAAAAGCACACUUCAUGGACAGGCUUCAAUGUGAACCCUUCCUGUGACUCCUAAUGAGAUUUAGGAAAUUCUCCAUUGGAUAGAAAUCUUACUAAGCCAGAUUCCUACUUUGAACAUUCUGGAAAAUUAAGACUGGGGCUUAGACUGCUUUUCUCAGUAUAAAUAGUUAAGCAUGUUUAGUAUCAAAGUUGUCAGUUUUAUGGUAGCAGUACUUGUCUUUCAAAGCUGUUUCUACUUGGAACUUUACCUGUUUUAAAUGUCUAGUUCAGUGGUAAAUUGAAUAGUUAUGUAUUUAAUUAGGGCUACUGGCAACAGCUUUCAAAGUGAUGUAUCUGUGCUCAGAAUGCUAGGAAGAUAGAUAAAAUCUGAUAUUGGAUUUAAACUUAGAUAUAUCUGAAUCCAGACUCUGAGCCCUAUCCACUGUCCAGCUAAAAGUGAUGAAAACCAGGUAUCUCUCUGAUUAUGAAGCAGUCUAUGGCACAUAGUCACCCUGCUCAACUGUUGAAUAGUCUAAGUAUACUUGACCUUUGCACAUGGAACCUAUUUAGAACUUUUUUCAUGGUUACUGCUGAAUAGCCCUCAAAGCCAUGAGAAGAGAGAUCGGAUAUAUAGUGUUGUCCAGGAUGUACACCUUCUGCCUUCAUUAGACCACAUGGACACAUAUACACACAAACACAUAAAAGAAUCAUGGCAUCUUUAAAUUUCAAAGCCCAACCUCCCACAUAAUGGCAGGCUUCCUUGCCGGAUGGUUAUCUACAUAAUUUUUUUUAUUUUAUUUUUUAAGAGCAGGGCAAUGUAUUUUAAUGUCUGUGGUACCAAUUACUGCCAAGCAGCAUAGUUGGAGAGCACUUGAUUUUCAAAAAGACAAAUUAACAACUUGAUUAUUUUGAGUGAAAUUGAGUAGAUAUGGCUUCAACACAGGAGAAAACAUGAUUGCUAGAUUAUCCAAGUAUAAAACUCACUAAAAAGAGGCACAUUUAAGCUGGUCAUCUGUUAUAAAUAUACCUCAGUUUAAUGUGAUAGACCUAAAUGCCUAUAAAUUACUUUGUGGAUACAGUGAUCAUAUGGUUUUAUCUAAUAUAAAAAAGAAUUUAAAGGCGUGCAAAGUGACCUCAUCAUUUUUUCCUAUUUAAUCCUUAGCAGAAAGCACAAUGAUCAUUACAUGUAGCAGGCAAACUUAUAUUGAAAACUGUAAUUUCUUGGGAUUUAUGUUACAUUCACUGCCAUUUUUCUGCCUUCUUGUAUUUUUCAUAAAAUUGGCUCUACUUAAUUUAAGAGGAAGUUGGUAGGGUAGUAGAUAAAGCACUGAGCCUGCAUUCAAGUAUAUCUAAGUUUAAGUCCAGCCUCAGAUCUUACUAAAUUUGAGAUCUUAACAAGGAUCUCUUUAUUUAACUCUUUACUUAACUAACCUCUUUACUCAACUGUAAAUGGGAAGACAACCUCCCAUACUUAUUGUGAGAAUCAAAUUUGAAAAGUAAUUAAUACAGGAGCUGGCAUAUAGUUGGUGCUUAAUAAAUGCUCAUUCCCUCCCCUCUUUAAUCCAUUUCAUUUCAUUAGUUUCAGUAUUUAAAUAAGAUAAAAUUAAAGUUGGAACACAAAAUUUCUAAGCAAAGAAAACCACAAUUCCUAAUUAAAAUUAAAGAAUAUCUAGAAAAGAGAUACUGUGUCACAUGGGUGGUUUCUGCUUCUCUGGGCCUGUUUUUCCACCCAUAAAAUGAGAAUUAGCUGGAUUAGACAAUCUGAAGUUCCUUUCAGCUCUUAAGUGGUACAUUUGUUUACUGGGCUGCUGGCAAUGAAGGUUGUGUCACUUGAAAAUAAUUUUCCCUCUAAAGCUUUCUAGGAUCAGUUAAGUCAGUGAGUUGAGUUUAUGGAUAAAUAGGGGGAUCCCUUAGAACACUCUAAAUUGCUACCAAAUAAUGUAAAAUAGAUUUCUACUUCUGUGCUAAAGAGUGAAGGAGACCAAAUUUAGUUCACUAAUUUUUUUUCUUAAUACAUGGCAAGGGAUAUGCACUAAUGUUUUUCAGUGAAAACAUAUGUUCUUUCCACACUGAGGUAGAAUAUAUUUAUACCCCUAUGUUAUACCCCUUGAGCCACAACCUAUACUGAUUUAAAAGAGUAUGUUCAGUCACCAUCACCAAGGACCAUCACCAAUUAGCUCUGAAUUACUGAGCUAAUUUCCCCCAUUUUUUUAAAAAAGAAAAAACAAUCUCCUUUAUACUCACAAAUCCAGGUGUGGUAUAGUAGAAAGAAUACAAUAUGCAAGGACCCGGGUUCAGGGCUGGGCAAAAUUAACUUGCCCUGUCUUGACUUGUGUCUGCAACUGUAAAAUGAAAAUUUUGGACUAGAUGACCUCGAGAGUCCCCUCUAGCCAUGAAAUAUAGACUGAAUAUUUUAUGCUAAAUUAGGGGACAAAAUGACAAUUUCCCCUAAAUUACCCCAUUAUUUUUAGGUUCCUGUAAUUCUGAUUUUGAAAAUUUCUCAUGUGUUGGCUCAGUCAAGUUCUUAGGCUAAGGUUAAAUAUUCAUAUUCAUGCAUCCUGGCAUUCUUUGUGGAGCCUAAGUAAGUAUAGAAGUUGGCAGUGGAGACUUUCCUAAAUUAAGUCUCUAUGAAGGGGUGUGUGUUUUUUUAAUUGGCUUACUCAAGUCAGGUUGUAUUUAAUAAUUCAUCUCCACCCCAUUGAUGACUGGACACUCACAUCUGCAUGGAAAAUAUAAGCAUUGCAACAGAUUUAUGUUUUUAAAAUAUUUCUCUCAAAUGAUGUGAGAAUUAUUAAAUACUGUUAAGAUAUUUAAUAAAAGUGAGAGGGGAAGGGUAAUGUGGAAAGCCCAUGUAUAUGAAUAUCAAAUAGGAAGUCUGAUUAUAGGAAACUAAAAGCUGAAAUCCAGAGCCAGCACCCUUAAUCUGUUAUUAAGGAUACUUAAUUACCUGAAAUAAUUUUUAAAAAUCAAUGCUAUACUUUCUUUUGACUGACUUAGCGGUGGUCCAGCUAAAACAUGUCAAAUAUGGGCAAUGGAUUUUAGGUCUAAUUGAUGACAUAAUAUGGAAAAUUAUGAAUGAUUGAGUUUUUGUAAAGCAGUCAACAUGAGAUCAGUCAGCUAACUUUACUCUAGCACAUUAUACCAACAAUGUCCAAAUUUGCAUCAGCAAAAGUCAAAAUGUCACUGUGCUGCCUUACCCAGCAAGGUGAAAAUAAUCCAUCUUAAAGUCUGUAACUACAUUUUAAAUUGUUAAUAGUUACUCUAUUAAUCAUCUACUUCCUAGAGCCAACUGGAAUGCCAGCAAACUCUCAAUUGAAAGUAUUUUGAUUAAAUCUCUUAUCAUAAAGAAGGAACUAUUUUUUAAAUAGGAUCUAGCUUGUAGCUGUUGGCUCACAUGAUAAGUUAAUUUCAUUUUGUUUUAGGCAUACAUUCAGAAAUUUGGUGGGAUUAUAACUGGGGAAAUAUAAAAUGGUCUCUGAGUACGUUGCUUUCUGUUUCAAAUUAAAUUUGCUCAGCAUGGAGAAAAAUAGGUCAUUUCCCUUUCUCCUACAUGUGCCCCAUCCCUAUCCCUUCCUUUAAAUUUUGGCACUCCAGUGCCUACCUAAUUCAGUCACAUUGUUCUUCCACUUAUUUGAUCUCCCACUUAGGAGUCCAGCAGAGCAAUUUUCUUGAUUCCAAGAAUGCAGUGCUUUUUUUAAAUUUUAUUUUGCUUUGUUUCAUUCUCUUUCAUACAUCUGUCCAGUGAGACUUGAAUUGCCCAAGUGACUAAAUUGUUCUGUUCUUCUUUCUUGCCAAGAACACACUACAAAUGGUUUCAUUAGUCAGAUCCUUCUUGAACUUUCUCCUUACCUCCUGUGACAGUCUUAUUAUACUAGAAUUGUCCAAGCAAGAAAAUACAAAACAAGGUCCCCUCCCCCAUUAUCAACAGAAAAGAGUUUGUGUAAGGUUUGCUUACAAGCUGUUCAUCUUAUUUUUUAUGCUGUUCUUCUAUAAUCUUCUCAGUCUCUCUCCUACUAUUGCAUCCCAUCCAUACUGUUUUCCAAGUAAGUUUGUGUGAAUGCUCUGUGUGACACUAGGUUGAGCUAGCUGAGGUAGCUUGAUCUAGCAUUCCCUCAACAUUCAGUGCUACUUGAACUUUAGCCAGAGUUCAUCCCACCUCCAUGUUCAUGGAUGCUUGAUGCUGGUUCAAGUUUUUGGUUUUGCAUUCUUUUGUUCUUGAAGUUCAGCCAGUCUCUGCUGCUCUGGUGCCCUGUUACAAAGGAACCCAUGUAUGGAGAACAGUGUCUGUUCUUUAGGUGGCAAGGGUUAUUUUUUAAUUCCUUUUGAAAAUGAACUCCAGAAACAUUGUUUUGAUUUUUAUUGGUUAAACUGGACAUGAGAGAAGGGAUAUUUUAGCAAUGCAGCUUUUUCAAUCACUCCAGCCAGUUAUAUUCUCUGAGCAACACCAAAGACUCCUGCUCGAGGAGUGUGAAUGGGAGCAUAUAUAUGUUUGUUUCCCUCUCCGUGGUAUUAACUCAUGGCCUACUUCCAUGUGCUCCCAAAGAAACCCAAAAGUUGACUGUAGAUUUUUGAUGUGAGAAAAUUGUGUUCAUGCUUCUGACCUCUUUCCUGAAUUAGAAAUGAAAGUGGUGAGACAUUAUUCUGGUUAAUUAAAGGCCUGUAUAAAGAUGGCAUUGACUAGCCUUGGUCCAGCUGGUUGGCAACACUCUGCUGUGCAGGUGACAGUCAAGCUCAGACUGGGUCUUAGUCUUGUGAUGCUAGAGGGGCAGCACAAUAAUGCCCUCCUCCCCCAAGAGUUACAGCCAUGCGGACUGCAAGAAGCUGUUGCAAAGGAAGAAAGUUUCAGGCCAUUCAUUUACUCUGGAGAUGGAAACCAGGUGGCAAACCUUAGGGAUCAUUAGUGAAGAUGAAGGGUUGGGCUGGCUCCCUCUGUUGACUGUUUUCAGUUUCUGCAUCUUUUUUGAGUAGACUGAAUGAGGAGCCAGACCUGGAUAUAAGAAGUAUAGAGGUCCUUAAGCCUCAGAAAACAAUCUCAAGGGCUGUGAAUGAGUAGCCCAGAAGAUGGUGGAUGGAAAAGCCACUUUUCCAUUCUUAAUGGUUUGGGCAGUAAUUCUCAUUUACAGGCUUGUUGGCAUUAUGCCUUUGCACUCUUAGUGUGAUCUAUCUAUGUAUCUGAUAGUUUUUAUGAAGAAUUGUUAAGAGUGAGAAACUCUUGAAAAUGGACUUGAUUAAAAUAAAAUACUUUAUGCCUUG